AUGGAGGAGCCUGAACAGGACAUCGAGGAGAAGCUGGCAGUAAGAAUUCACAACUCCAAGGAAAAUGACUUCAUUGAAAUUGAACUGCACAGACAAGAACUGAGUUAUCAGAACCUACUACAAGUGAGCUGCUGUGAACUGGGGAUCCACCCAGAGCAAGUGGACAAGUUGAGGAAGCUGCCGAACACACUGCUUAGAAGGAAGGACAAAGACAUUCAAAGACUCCAGAACUUUCAGGAGAUAGAACUCUUGGUGAAGAGUGGAAACUCUGAAUGGACUCAGCACACAGCAUCACCUUUGACGGAGAGACCCUGCUACAACAGUGAAGCUGCAAAAAUGACUUACUAGCUCCACGAGAGAAGGAUCUGGAAUCACUGUCAAUGAGGCCUAGACCCACGUGACAAUCAGCUAACCACAUUUGAACUUUGAAAAAUUUCCUCAUUUCCGACCUCUCUGAGCAGGAAUUGUUUGACAAACACAGCUACAGUACCCAUGA